AUGUCUUCCUUUUUUCUCAUGCUACCUUUCGAAUUUAUUUAUCGAAUUCUUGAUCAUCUCGAUGAUGAGGCGCUCAUCUUCUCAGCUCGUAACGUGUGCAAACGACUCAAUCUCAUUCUUGAUACUUAUUAUCCAUAUCAGGUGAUCAGAAACAUAAUGAUCGAUAGUUUAUUCAGUGAUGACGAAAGUCAAAUUCUAGACGCUUUAUCUGAAUAUCAGAGAAUAAUAAAUCAAAAAAGUAGACAACUUGACAUUCAGAUCAUCACUCUUGACGUCGUUUCUCGUCUUGUGCAAUUACUAACAUCCGAAAAUGACAAAUUUCAAAAGAAAGCUCUGAGGAUUUUGCUAAAUGUAACCGGAGGAUCAUCAAAGCAAACAAAAUAUGUUGUCGAUGCUGGUACUGUACCAAUUCUGAUUCAAUUAAUGCAAAGUCCGAACGAAAUCACUCAAGAAGAUGCUAUUUGGAUGCUUUCGAAUAUAGCCGGAGACAAUAAGAACUAUCGGGAUUUCGUUCUUGAUCACGGUAUACUCGAACCAUUGUUAAAUGUUUUAUCUGACGACACAUGUACAUUAACAAUGUUAGAAGUAGCGACAUGGUGUUUGUCGAAUUUAUGUCGUUUUGACAGUCCAUCUGUUGAUUUCCCCAAAAUUCCAUCGAUUAUACCUAUCCUAAGUCGAUUAUUACAAAAUAACACAGAUACACGAAUAUUACGUGGAGUUUGCUACAUAAUACGCAAGUUAAUUCAACAGUCGAAUAAACUCAUUUCAACUGUCAUCGAAAAUAGUGUCAUACCUCGACUUAUUCCAUCGAUUAUACCUAUCCUAAGUCGAUUAUUACAAAAUAACACAGAUACACGAAUAUUACGUGGAGUUUGCUACAUAAUACGCAAGUUAAUUCAACAGUCGAAUAAACUCAUUUCAACUGUCAUCGAAAAUAGUGUCAUACCUCGACUUGUGACAUUAUUAGAACAUACAGUUGAAGUGAUUCGAUUAUCAGCUUUAACCGUUAUAAAAGAAAUUCUUGGUGGUAAUGAUCAAGAGAAACAGAUGGUACUUGAUGAUGAUGGUUUUCUUCCUCAUCUAUCAAUGUUAUUUGAUGUUGACAGAACACAAAUCAACGAAAAUCUCUGCGAUGUCAUAGUCAAUAUCACUGCUGGCACGGAAAGUCAAAUUCAAGCUGUUAUUGAUGCCGAUAUAUUUCCACGAAUGAUUCAGUUUCUGUACCUUGAUGCUGAUAAAAUAAAGGAACGUGUAGCUUGUACAAUUAGGAAUUCGACGCGUUUCUCAUCAACGCAAACAGAAUACUUUGUUGGUCAAGGAGCGAUUCCUCUACUAUUUGAUCUGUUACGUUCAUCAGAAACCAAAAUAAUUGAAAUAGUUCUUGAAGGUUUACAGAAUAUUCUUGGAUGGGGAGUUGCGGAAAGUAAACAGAUGCAGAAUUCGAAUCCAUAUACAAUGCUCAUUAAAGAGCUUAAUGAAUUAGACAAAGUAGAAGAACUUCGAAGUCAUCGAGACAAUGAAGUAGCUGCAAGAGCGCGUCAUAUCAUUGAAACAUAUUUUGAUAUUCGUUAA